AUGAAGAGGGCGGCGGCGCUUCUGCUGCUGCUGGUCUGCCUCCUGAACCAGCGCCAUCUGCGAGCUGAUGCGGCAGCCUUCGUCAGGGUCAGCGGCCUCCACUUCACCGUUAACGGAAGCCCCUUCUUCGCCAAUGGCUUCAACGCCUACUGGCUAAUGUCGGUGGCCGCCGACGCCGCCCACCGGAGCAAGGUCUCUAUGGCCUUCCAGGAGGCCGCCAGCCACGGCCUCACUGUGUGCAGGACCUGGGCCUUCAGCGACGGCGGCUACCGGGCCCUUCAGGUGUCCCCCGGCGUGUACGACGAGCAGGUCUUCCGGGUACAUCCAUCCGCCAUCAUCGUCUUCUUCCUCUUCCGUCUGCUGUGAGUCGACCUUCCAUGGUUCUCUACCCACCCGAUACUGAAUCUCUGGUUCGAUCCGUAGGGCCUGGAUUUUGUGGUCGCCGAGGCGAGCAAGCAUGGAAUCAGAUUAGUGCUGAGCUUCGCAAACAACUACGAGAGCUUCGGGGGGAAGAAGCAGUAUGUGUCCUGGGCCAGGGCCCGAGGCCAGAACGUCUUCUCCGACGACGACUUCUUCUCUAACCCUCUGGUCAGGUUCUUCUUCAAAAACCACGUCAAGGUAACAGCAAAGACCGACGGGGAGAGAGAGAGAAGGGACGCGAUUUGGUGACUUGUCCUCAUUGUUUUCUCUCUCUUGUUUCUCUUUCUUCGGAUGAAGGCUGUGAUCACGAGGAGGAACACGCUCACGGGGGUGAUGUACAGGGACGACCCGACGAUACUGGCAUGGGAGUUGAUGAACGAACCGAGAUGCCCGUCCGAUCCGUCAGGAAGAACCCUGCAGGUCAGAUGCGGCCCUGGUCCUCCGCUCCAUUAGUCCAAGGGUUCCUUCCUUCCCUAGCUGAUGAUAAUGCGUCUGGUUCCUCUGCGUCAGAGCUGGAUUGAGGAAAUGGCAGCCCACGUGAAGUCCAUCGACUGGAAUCACCUGCUGGAGGCGGGGCUGGAAGGUUUCUACGGGCCGGCGGCGCCGCCGCAGAAGCGGUUCCUCCCGGGCCUCAACGUCGGCACGGACUUCAUAUCGAAUAAUCUGGUCCACGGCGUCGACUUCGCGACCAUCCACUCCUACCCGGAUCAAUGGUGGCGCCUCACCUUCUAUUCUCUCCUCCUCGCCGUGGACUCUUCUUCUUCGUCCAACCUAUUCUCCAUGACGGAGCAGAGCUCCUCCCUGGUCUUCUUCUUCUUCCUCCUCUCAGGCUCUCAGGAUCGGACCACCAGACGCAGCUGGCCUUCCUGGAGCGAUGGCUGGACACCCACAUUGCCGACGCGCGGCUGAUCCUCCGGAUGCCGCUGCUCCUGGCGGAGUUCGGCAUAUCGCGGAAGGACCUCGGCUUCAGCGCCGCACAGAGGGAUGCCCUCCUCACCGCCGUCUACACCAAGGUUUACCGCUCCGCCAGGGCCGGCGGCUCCGCCGCCGGUGCCCUGUUCUGGCACCUGCUGGAACAGGGGAUGGAGGUCUACGGAGACGGGUACGAGAUCGUCUUCCAGGAGAUCCCCCCAUCGACGGCGAGCAUCAUCACCGAGCAGGGCCGGAGGCUGAGGUAUCUGGGCAAGCUGGGGGCGAGGCUAAGGAACGUCGAGAAGCUCGAGAAGGCCAGGGCCAUGAAUGCACAACCUUCCCGGAGCUCCGUCAGCGACGGGACCUAA